UCAAAGUUGGACGUCGGCGAAGGUGAAGGGGCUGUGCGCAAGAAGCGCCACUCCACGUCGCAGAAUUUCAGGCCCGCCGCGUCGUUCCGCUUCUUUCGCACGGCGCGGGCCUUCAUGAAAUGGGCUUACGCGAUUGGUUGGAUUGUGUAACUGUUGGUGGUAUUUGCGGACUUGCCUGUCGAAAAAAGUACCAUGCUGGGCCGGUGGGGCGAUUUUGACAGCGAUGUCCUCCUCAAUGCCAACUUGGCCCAGGAAGACCAUGCCUACCUAGAUGUUGGCGGUGGCACCGAGUACGUGCCGCGCCGACAUACUGCCGACGAAGUGCCCAAGCCUCGUGAUGUGGUGGUGCCUCAUCGCGCGACCAAGACCGCCGUCCCUCCUACGAGUACCCUCGCGCCGCCCUCCUUGUCCCGUCAGUCGUUUCAUCACGUGAAUGCGAAAUGCGCCAUGUUCGCAUGGAUGCUAGAGAGCGAUUCCCUGCGGCAUACCGUUUUCGACGCGCUCACUCCAGUGUGGGAAGCCGCCAAGGUUGCCGCCGGACACAGCACGAUCAUGUCCCCGCAUGUGUUUGAUCUCGUGGCCCAAAGACUUGCGAAACGGUACGGAGGCACGGUCCUUCCGCCGCAUGGCGUCGUUAAGGAACGUCACAUGCAUGCCGCAGCGUUUUGUACGAUUGUGGCGAGCAUGAUGGCGCCUGUGGUUACCCACACGACGAUUCCAGAAUGCCUCUUUGCAGUGCAAAGUCUCGUGGACGAGAUCGUAGUAGGUCGUCGCGAUGGAUCCAUCCCAGUAUUCCGUCCCAUGGACGCCAUCGAGCCAGUCCAGUACGCCCCGACGUUGGCACUGCCUCCGCUGUCCAAAUCAACGCUCGUGUCAGCCCUGUACAUGGAGCCAGGAGUGAACCAGUCGCUGGCAUUAGACAUCCCACGUUCUUGCUCGUCCAGCGUUCGACAAUCAAGUACCCAUAGUGGUGGUGGUGGAGUGCGAGAAAUGGCAGUCGAAGCAAGAGUACUACUACUACUAUUACUACUAUUACUAUAUAUAUAUUUACUAACUACUAUGAAUGUGAUAUUCGUCGUUGUGCAUUUUGUAGGCCACGCAAGAAGACCAAUUGAAACAAAAGCUCCGAUUGCGCAAGUACUGGAGUGCCCAAGCCAGCGACACGGCCGCAUGCAUCCUCCCCGAUGAAAUCCCACUGUUCCAUCGAGAAAGCAUGCGAUCCCGCGCGAAAGCAUCACGUGAGUUUACACAUGGACCGCAAGAUGACUCGAUGCAUGUCGAUACGACUCGACGACCCCCAACCCGUAGCGACUUGGACGCUGUCGCAGACACCACGCACCGCCAUCGGUUGCAUAGUGGGCGGUUGCAAGAUCCAUGCCCCAUUAUUCCAAUGGAUGAUGUUCAAGACGAUUCCAGCGGAGACGACGACAGGUCCAUGGCGCUAGUAUGUGCCCGAUGUGAAGUGAACGAAGCCGUGUUGUGGUGUUCGCAGUGCUACACCAUCACAUGCAUCCUAUGUUGGUCCGCCAGUCACAGCACCCCCAUCCCAACGACGACCAUCCACGACACCGCGGCACUCGGGGGUUGUAUACACACACAAUCGCUUACCAGUUUGCAGCAGGGGCCGCCGCUUCCGUUACUGCGCACCCCUCGUCCAUCGCCACAAGUGACGACGACCGAGGCCAUGCGCCACCGCCGUAAAAAACCAAGUUGCUGGACCCCAAAACACGGACAAUCCAAGCUCCAAGCUGGCGUCGCGCUUCAUGUUGCCAAUAGUUUACCGCCCCGCGUGGUGUCGUCGGUGGAUCAUCCACAGAUGGAAGCCGCCACCAUCUCCGGC